CGAACGGGCAAGCGGGCAGAAAACGGUGUAUUAAACGAAAUGAAAUGAACGAAAUGAAGACAAAGCGUUGAAUUCCUAUAAAAAGCAUCUUUAGCUUGCGAACAAAGUUUAAUCAGUUAAAAAAGCUCGACAAGUUGACAACGGGCUGCCGCCUUAGACGAUUAGACGAUUGUGCGAUUGCGUUGAAAACAAAAACAAAAACAAAAAAACAGCGAUAAGAUAAAUGAAACGAAAAACGAGCUUGAAAACAUAAAUAUACGGUCAAUAACGGACACUCGAGUUGGCCUUUGAACGCGCGGCAAAACGAAACGGUGUGUCAAUAAAGGAGUAGCCAGACAUUUGCUUGCCAGUGUGUGCGUGUGUGUUUACUGUGGUGACAUAGUGGUUGCAUAGUGCAAACAAAAGACUCUAGCAACGAACUUGCAGUGCGAAAAAAUAAAAUUUUGAAAAAUUAUUGCAAGCAAUAGAAAUUGCAACAAAACUGUUAGUGUGUGUGUGUUAAUUGCAUUGCAAAGCUUUGCGAACUUAAAAAAAAAAACAAAAUUAGAAAAGUGUUGAGAUUUCUCAGUAGCGCUCACCCACAUUGAAGGAUUACUUUGUGAAACAACCAGCGAGAGAGAAUACCGCAAAAUGUGGCACUAUACCCCUGCAAUCUGCCUGUGCGCCGCACUCGCCGUCAUGCAUGUUGCGCGCGCCGCCCAACUGCCCGGCUACGUGCCACCGCAAUACUACCAUUACCCAGCGCCGCGCAACCAGCUCGCCAUACCCGCUGCAGCGCCCCAACAACAACAAUACUCAUACCAACAGCAAUACGCAAGGUAUGCGCAAACACAGCAGCGCUAUGUGCAACCGCAACAACAGCAGCAACAACAAUACUACCAACAGGCACAACCAUCCGCCAAAGUGGCGCAACAAUUCUCCUCGCCUGCGCUGGAGAAUGCCGCCUUCACAUCUGCGCUGACCAGUCAGGGUUACACAUUCGGCGGUAACGGUCACGCGUCAGCCUCAGUGUCAGCGGGACGCGCGCUGCCCUCAGCGCUGUCGCUGCCUCCAUCCAUCGCAGAGACGCUCGAGUCCACCAAUGAUAUUGCGUCCGAAGGCGCCAUCGACUCCUCGGACGCUUCCGUAAAUCUGCAGUUACCGCUGCCCGUUAACAUAGCGCCAAUCAAGGUGCAGCCGCUGCCACUGCAGGCGGGCGCUUCCUUCAGCGAGUUGGCCAACGCGGUUACUUCGUACGGUACCGUUUAUCCGCAGCGAAAGCGCCGAUGAAGCAUUUAGCUGUUUUGAUGUGCUGCGUUAUGUGGCGCUGGUGCGAAAGAGGCUGUUUGCUUUUCGGCUAAUGUCAUGUAAACAACAACAACAACAGCAACGAAUGCAAAGGAAUUUGUGUUUGUUUAUUGAAGUGUGAUUUAGCUGAAGACCCAGGCGCUGCUCAUCAUCAAUCACCAGUCAUAGUUUACGAUCCACGGCGUGCAAAGGUGUUUUGCUCGGUCGUUAAAUAUAAGUAACUGUUAAAUUUAUUUCUAGCACGAUUUGCCAACACAUACAACAACACAUUCAGUAGAACGAAGUGACGACGCAGCCGAAAUUGUGCUCUUUAGGCAUUUUUAUUUGCGAACAAAAAUUUUGGUUGUCAUGAAAAUUUGUUUAUUUUCUAAUUAAAUGUUUUAUACUUUAAAUUUAUAAUUUAAAAUUUU